AUGGCGAGUCAGAACGAGGCCAAGCCGGUCGCUCCGGAGGAGCUGGCUGAGGGAGUGAAGAAAAUCCAGGUGAACGAGAAGCCCCAAAAGGCGAACAAGAAGGGUGGAAAAGGCGGCGAGAGCUCCGACUCGCCCCUCGAGUUUGAGCCGAAGCCGGCCUACUUCCAGUCUCGCAUUGACCUGUUCAACAAGGUCAAGGCCGAGCACGAUGCUGCGCUUGCUGCGAAGCAGCGCGUGCCGAUCAAGGUGACGCUCCCCGAUGGUGCCGUGCGCGAGGGCACCGCGUGGGAGACCUCGCCGAUGGACAUCGCCAAAGAGAUCUCCAAGAGCCUCAGCGAGCGCAUCGUCAUUUCCAAGGUGAACGGCGACCUGUGGGACUUGGAGCGUCCGUUCGAGGGCGAUGCUACGCUCGAGUUCUUCGACUUUGAGUCGCCAGAAGGCAAGCGCGUCUUUUGGCACUCCUCCGCGCACGUCCUCGGCGAGGCGGCCGAGCGUCACUUUGGCUGCCACCUGUGCAUUGGUCCCCCCACCGACGAGGGCUUCUACUACGAGAUGGGUAUGGGCGACAGCGGCGAGCGUGUCGUGCGCCAGGAGGACUUCCCUCCCCUCGAAAAGCUCGUGACAAUGGCCGUCAAGGAGAAGCAGCCGUUCGAGCGCCUGACGCUGACCAAGGAGCAGCUGCUCGAGAUGUUCAAGUACAACAAGUACAAGCUGUACAUUAUCAACUCCAAGAUCCCCGACGGUACCUCUACGACCGUGUACCGCUGCGGUCCGAUGAUCGACCUGUGCAUGGGCCCCCACGUCCCCAACACGGGCCGCAUCAAGAACAUGGCCAUUCUGAAGAACUCUGCGUCGUACUUCCUCGGUGACCAGGCGAACGACUCGCUGCAGCGCCUGUACGGCAUUUCGUUCCCCGACAAGAAGCAGAUGGUCGAGUACAAGCACUUUUUGGCCGAGGCUGCGAAGCGCGACCACCGCCGCAUCGGCAAGGAGCAGGAGCUGUUUAUGUUCCACGACCUGAGCCCCGGAAGCUGCUUCUGGCUCCCCCACGGUGCGCGUAUCUACAACACACUCCAGGACUUCCUCAAGACCGAGUACCGCAAGCGCGGCUUCCAGGAGGUGAUUUCGCCCAACAUGUACAACUCCAAGCUGUGGGAGACGUCGGGCCACUGGGCGAACUACAAGGACGACAUGUUCACGCUGAACGUCGACAAGGAGACCUUUGCGCUGAAGCCCAUGAACUGCCCCGGCCACUGUCUCAUGUUUGGUGCGCGCGACCGCUCCUACAAGGAGCUUCCCCUCCGCUUUGCCGACUUUGGUGUGAUCCACCGUAACGAGGCGAGUGGUGCGCUGAGUGGUCUUACGCGUGUGCGCCGCUUUGUCCAGGACGACGCGCACAUCUUCUGCCGUACUAGCCAGAUUGAGGAGGAGAUGGCGAACUGCUUCGACUUUUUGCGCCACGUCUACGGCAACUUUGGCUUCACCUUCAAGCUGGAGCUCUCGACGCGCCCUGAAAAGUUCCUGGGCGACAUUGCGACGUGGGACGAGGCGGAGAAGCGCCUCGGCGCGGCUCUCGACAAGUUUGUGCCUGGCGAGUGGGAGCUGAACCCCGGCGAUGGUGCCUUCUACGGCCCCAAGAUCGAUAUCACGAUCAGCGAUGCGAUGCGCCGCCAGCACCAGUGCGCCACCAUCCAGCUCGACUUCCAGCUGCCGCAGCGCUUUAACCUCGAGUACAAGACGCCACAAGGCUCUGCCGAGGCCGACAAGCAUACCGAGCGCCCGGUCAUGAUCCACCGCGCGAUUGUCGGCUCGCUCGAGCGCUUCAUUGCGAUUCUCAUUGAAAACUUUGCCGGCAAGUGGCCCUUCUGGCUCUCGCCGCGCCAGGUGCUCGUUGUGCCGGUCACCGGCAGCGUGUACGGCUACGCGGAGAAGGUCCGCGCGAAGCUCUGGGACGCCGGCUUCUUUGCGGACGUCGACCUCUCUGACAACACGCUCAACAAGAAGAUCCGCAACGGCGAGCUCGCGCAGUACAACUUUGUCUUUGUCGUGGGCCACGAGGAGCAGGAGUCGGAGAGCGUCAACGUGCGCAACCGCGACACGGACCCCAGCGUCGCCAAGGGCAAGACGGAGACGAUCGAGCUCGCCAAGGCCAUCGAGCUCCUCCAGAAGCUCAAGGAGUCCAAGGCGCUUUCCAACCAGCUCUCGCAGUAG